AUGUCAAUUCUGGAUUUCGCGAAAGAUCUCUUGUACGAUCUUAAGUAUGCUCAGGAUGAGUCGGCUCCAGAACCUGGAAAUCUACGGAUGAGCGAACGACCCAUCAUAUUCUUAGUUCACUCUAUGGGCGGACUGAUUGUGAAGGAGGUAUGA